AGCCGGAAAACAAAAGCCAAACUGGACUGGGUGAACAAAAUUGCAGCAGAGGAUCCAGACUUGUGGGAGCGAGAGCUGCGCGGCAGUAUCAACAAUGAGCAGUGGUCCAAAGUCAACAUUGAAAUCGCAAAAGAGCGCUUUAACCAAACUGGAGGCGUUCACAUGCUCCAGUGGAUGAUCGGCUGUGAAUGGGAUGACGAGACUGGUGAGGUGGAUGGUUGGAAACAGUACAGUUAUGACGGAGAAGACUUCAUCUCAUUUGAGUGGAAAACGAUGAGAUGGAUCGCAGCGAAUCCACAAGCUUUUAUCUCAAAGAACAAGUGGGAACGAUUGGACGGCCUCAAAGAAUACUGGAAGAGUUACGUCACUGAGAUUUGUCCUGCUGCCUUGAAGAAGUAUGUGAGCAUUGGGCGGGACUUCCUGAUGAGAACAGAGCUUCCCAGGGUGUCUCUCCUCCAGAAGACGCCUUCCUCUCCGGUCACCUGCCACGCGACGGGUUUCUACCCCCGCACAUCGGAUCUUUUUUGGAGGAAGGACGGCGAGCAGCUGCACGAGGACGUGGAGAUGGGCCAGACGCUCCCCAACCACGACGGAACCUUCCAGACCGCGGUCCACCUGAAAGUGGAGGCGGCGCCCGACGCGGAGGCCAAGUACGAAUGUGUGUUCCGGCUGGCCGGCGUCGAGGAAGCCAUCGUCGUUAAGUUGGACGGCAAAAGCAUCCUGAGCAACGCGCGCGACGCAGAAGAAGAACGAGUCAAGAUGGUGGUGGCCAUCGCUGUCACCUUGGGGGUCCUGGCUCUGCUGGCGGCGGGGGGGGCGGCGGUCCCUGCCCACAGCUGCCCGAAGCCCGAUACUCUGCAGCGCACGUCAAGAACACAAGUGGGCCUGCUGAGCACGUUCUCAUCGCACCGCCUCUGAAAACGCUGACGUUUUUCCUUCUUCAA